AUGCCUCAGCUCAAACCAAAAGCAAAUGCGGAGGAGAGGAAGAGGGGCGAGAUCGCUCUCAGCGAGUUCGCCGAGUACGCUGAAAAACAGCAGGCGCACCGAUCCGCCGUCCCCGCCCCCAUCCCUCCAAGCGAUAGUGGAUAUGAAACAGGCAGCGUCUCGCGCGACCUGGAAGACCACGCUGAGCUCGAGAUCCUUGACCAGCUGGGUCUUUCGGACGCGCCCCGCGCGAUCAAGUUGAAGGACCUUCUGCUGGGAACUGGAGAGGCGGCUACGGAAGAGAGUCUACAGGAACUCGCCGCAACGAUACAGACGAGAAUCGACGAGGGUCAUGGCGAGACAAUCGUGGACCUGGGCCUCGAAGAUGGUGGCGAUUCCAUGGGCUUUGACCUUGAGCAAUGGGAGACCGCGCUCGCACGACUACGAGAAGCCGCUGAGAGCAUUCCCGCUCACUGCCGAAUCCUCCUCACGUAUAAUGUGGGAGGGGCCGAGGAGUCCUCGGUGAAGAAUGAACGCAUGAAAGACGCCUGGGGAAAAGUGUUGAUACGGCAGGUCACCGCGAGCAUGGAAGAGAUUGCAGAACUACGCGUCGCAGUCGUGGGCAAUGUCGAUGCUGGGAAGAGUACCAUGCUUGGCGUGCUGGUAAAAGGCAGCCUAGACGACGGUCGUGGUCGCGCGCGACUUAAUCUGUUCCGGCAUAAACACGAGAUUGAGAGUGGGCGAACCAGCUCUGUCGGCAUGGAGAUUAUGGGCUUUGACAGCCACGGCGAGAUCGUUGGACAUACCCAAGGCAGGAAGCUGUCGUGGGAGGAAAUCGGGAGGCGCUCUGCCAAAGUGAUCUCCUUCUCUGACCUCGCCGGUCAUGAACGGUACCUGAGAACCACCGUGUUCGGUAUGCUGAGCAGCAGCCCGAAUUAUUGUCUGCUCAUGGUCGCUGCCAAUAACGGCUUGAUCGGUAUGAGCCGAGAGCAUUUGGGAAUCGCCCUAGCCUUGAACGUCCCCGUCAUGGUCAUCGUCACCAAGAUCGAUAUCUGCCCGCCUCAGAUCCUGCAGGAGACUCUUUCCCAGUUGGCAAAGAUUCUCAAAUCACCGGGUGCGCGUAAGAUUCCCAUCUUCAUUAAGAACAUGGAGGAGACAAUCAACACUGCGACACAAUUUGUCAGCCAACGAAUUUGCCCCAUCUUCCAAGUGUCCAACGUGACGGGCGAAAACCUGGAGCUUGUGCGAACCUUCCUCAAUAUCCUGCCCCACCGGGGCCAUUACAACCAGGAUGGACCCUUUGAGUUCCUCAUCAACGACACCUUCUCCGUCCCUCACGUGGGUACCGUGGUCUCCGGCGUGGUCAAGUCGGGGGUCAUCCAUGCGGGUGACUCUGUUGUGGUCGGACCGGAUUCCCUGGGCCAGUUCACGACCACCACGAUCAAGAGUAUCGAGCGCAAGCGAAUACAGGUCAAUGCCUGCUUUGCCGGUCAAUCCGGAUCAUUCGCCUUGAAGCGUGUUCGCCGAAAGGAGGUUCGCAAGGGCAUGGUCGUCUUGAAAAAGAUGGACAAUCCGCCUAAAGUGUAUCGAGAAUUUGUAGCCGAGGUUUUGAUCCUGUCACACGCCACUACCAUCAAGCCCAAAUACCAGGCCAUGCUGCACGUUGGCGCGGUCAGCCAAACGUGCGCAGUGAUCGACAUCGAUCGGCCCUUCAUCCGCACGGGUGACCGUGCCCUCGUUGCAUUCCGCUUCAUUCAGAGACCCGAAUUCCUGGCUCCCGGUGAUCGGGUACUCUUCCGCGAGGGCAAGACCAAGGGUCUUGGUAUUGUGAAGAGCAUCGGUUAUGACCCCGCGCAUCCCCUUGAUCCGAAUGCGGCCAAGCCGGAGCACGAGGGGGCAGAGAAGGGGACAGUCAAGACAGAGAGCUCCGCACAGGACGUAGCAAAAUAG